AUGGAGGCGGGUCCGUCCAGACCGUCUCGCACCGCGAGCGCAUCUAAAAAGAAUGGCCAGAAGAAGUCGUACCACAGCCAGGAGGCGCUCGACAAGCAGGCGCAUUCCAUCUCGGCCGCCACCUCGCUACCGCGCGCACUCGAGCGCUCGGCGCCCGCGUCGAUGGCCGACGUCAAGCUGCCCAAGUCCGUGGCGGGCAUCAAGGACAAGAAGCUCAAGAGCAAGCUCACGCACCAGCACCUCUCGCAGAAGCGUGCGGCCGAGUCGGCGCGUCUGGCCAACGAGUAUCUCAACACCGCCGCGCCGGGCGAGGGUGCGGGCAUGAUCGAGACCGAGGGCGAGCUGGAGCGCACGUUCAAGGUGACGCAGGCGCAGAUCAAGGACAACGUCGGCAUCGACACGGCCAAGAAGGGGUUUGAGCUCAAGCUGGAUGGCGGCAAGCAGGGGGUGGGGCUGGGGCCGUACCGAUGCGACUACACGCGCAACGGCCGGCAUCUGGUCAUCGGAGGACGCAAGGGCCACUUGGCGGCGUUCGACUGGCAGACGGGCAAGCUGAGCUGCGAGAUCCAGGUGCGCGAGACGGUGCGCGACGUCAAGUGGCUGCACAACUCGAGCUUCUUCGCGGCGGCGCAGAAGAAGUACGUCUACAUCUACGACGACGCGGGCAUCGAGAUCCACAAGCUCAAGAACCACACGGACGUCAACCGGCUCGAGUUCCUGCCGUACCACUUUCUGCUGGCCUCGGUGGGGGCGACGGGCUAUCUCAAGUACCAGGAUACGUCGACGGGCACGCUGAUCAGCCAGCACCGUACGGGGUUGGGCAACUGCAACACCAUGACGCAGAAUCCGCUGACGGCCGUGCUGCAUCUGGGUCAUUCAAACGGCACGGUGACGCUGUGGACGCCCAAUCUGUCGACGCCGGCGGUGAAGCUGCUCGCGCACCGUGGGCCGGUGUCGGGCAUCUCGAUCGACGCGCGCAACGGCGGACGCGACAUGGCGACGUGCGGCAUGGACGGCACCAUCAAGGUGUGGGACACGCGUAUGCUCGGCAAGGGACCGCGGCGCGAGUGGCAAGCGCGCCGGCCCGCUUCGGACCUGCAGUACUCGCAGCGCGGUCUGCUCGGUGUAGCCUGGGGCCCGCACGUGUCGGUGUACGACACCAACGCUGCGUUGGGGAAUGCGCCGCCGGGACCGUACAUCACCCAGGGCUUUCCACGCGCCGAACCGCUGCAGGUCAAGUUCUGCCCGUUCGAAGACGUGCUGGGCGUCGGCCACGCCGCUGGCUUCACUUCGCUGCUGGUGCCGGGAGCGGGCGAACCGAACUUUGACUCGGCCGAGCUGGAUCCGUUCGAGUCGCGCACGGCGCGGCGCGAGCGCGAGGUGCACCAGCUGCUCGACAAGAUCGCGCCCGAACUCAUCUCGGUCGACUCGAGCAUCCUCGGCAGCGUGCGCGUGGCCGAGACCAACGUCUCGGCCGCCGAGCAGGAGCGAAUUCUCGCCGAAAUGGCACGACGCAAUCCCAACGCAGUAGCGCGGUCGGCGGACGGUAGGUCGUACUCGCAGUUAUCGCGCGUCGAACGCAUGCAGCUCGACAAUCCCGAUGCCGACCCGAUGGGCGAGGACGCCGAGUUUGUAGCCGGCACCGGAUCGCUGGCGGAAAAGGUGGCUGCGCACGAGACCGCGCCCAAGAAGGAGAAGAACAGGAUGAGGGGAAAGAAUAAGGCGCUCAGCAGGUAUCUGCGCAAGAAGCGCGAGAAUGUUGUCGACCCGAACCGCAUCGCGGUCAAGGCCAAGAUGGAGCGCAUGCGCAAACAGCAGCACGACGCACGCAAGCGUACAGCAGCAGCAGGAUUGCCCGAAGGCUCGACCAGUGCCCUCGACAUGUUUAACAAGCGAUCCUAA